UGCAGUUUGUGGCUCUUGGUUUUCAAUAUCUUUGUGAGAGGGAGAGACAUGGUAUAAAUAGGAUAUUUCCAUCAGAGAGAUCAAAUAUGCAAAAUCCUGAGCCACUUCCAGAGGUUUCCCCGAUUCAUGACAAUAUAAAAGAAAAUACAAUAGUAGUGCCAUCUGGUAUUCAUGGAACACCACCACAACCUUUACCUCAGACAUCUGAACCGCAAGUACAUUAUGGAAUGCAAUCACAUCUUAAAAAGAAAGGAGGCUGGCCAAAAGGUAGAAAACGUAAGAGAGGACCACGAGAUGCCAAUGCUCCAAGACAACCACUUAAUGGGUAUGUUAGGUUCCUCAAUGAAAAGAGAGAGAGAGUGAGGAAAGAAAACCCUAGUGCUUCAUUUGCUGAGAUAACAAAAAUUCUUGCUGGUGAAUGGAGCAAACUGCCAACAAGUGAAAAACAAAGGAAUAUUGGCGCACAAGUAAACUACCCUAACAAGGCUCAAAGGUUUGGCUUCCGCGAAGCUGAGUUGAGACAACUGAGAAAAUCCAAUACAGAAUAUGAAGAGCAGAAUGCUAUUCUCAGUAAACACAUUGACAAAAUGAAAGCUGCCAUUGAAAAACUAGAAGUGGAAACGGUUCAACAGAGAAACAAUAAUCUGGCCUUGCAGCAGCAUCUAGAUAACCUCAGAGCAACUUUAACAGCCAGUUUUGCAGCUAUACCACUUCCAGUUACAAAUGAAGUGCCAUCACUUGAGACAGUUGACUCUUACAUGGGCAAGCUCCACACACUCAUUCUCGAUAAUCCUCAAGAAAACGAAGCUCUAAUUCAUGCAGUUCGAGAAAUUGUUAGUAGGUUGGACUACCAGGGCUGAAGACUGAAGACUAAGUUGUUUUUGUACCAUUUUUAAUUAUAUGUACUGUGAAAUAUAUUGUAAUAAUUAUGCAUGUUUGUUUAAUUUGUGCGAUACUGACAAGUACUUUUUUUUAAAGGAAAACACUUAUGGCUUUUGUUGGAUGUUCUAUUGUACAGAUUUUAUGUGUUUUUGGAGAACUUUUUUACUGGAAUUGUUGGAAAGUGUAAACUAAAAUGAUUCCUUAAACAUUACAUUUUUGUGAUCCCAGCUACCCUUCCCUUACUAACCAAAUUGUCCAUGUGUAAUAAAAUUUACAUAACUUCUUGUAUGUAUGUAGUGUGUUCUUAGAUGUUUUCAAUUUUCAUAGUUAAUUUUUCAUGGUUUUUGCUUGUCAGAAUAACAUAGAACAGUAGGUUUAGGGUAUUUAUGACACAUUGGCAUAUACCUUUGCAAAUGUAAUCUCAAAGUAACAAUGUAAGCUUAUUAUAUACACACUCUACAUUACCAUCUGCUAAUAAUAAGCUUUGCUAAUUUUAUUUUCACCAAGAUUAGUUUGGAGUCUCUUAUCAAAUUCCUUUGCUUAUUUUGGUUUGUGCUUGUCAAAAUAACCUUCAUUUAAAUUUGAUGCUUGUGAUGUUCCUUGAACCUAAACUUAUUUUAAUACAUGACAGAAUAAAUCAUUAGAAUAAGAAAGAUAUUUUCAUACAAUAUUACUUCAAAUGAUUAUCCAUAUUUUUGUUGUAAGUGCAUUAAAAUUUAACUGUACUGUUUAUAAUGGUUCUGAUUGGAACAUUAUUUAUCGUUACAAAAGCAAUCCUAGCUUUUGAAAGAAUGUUGCAAGCCCCAAGACAUAAGUAAAGAACUGCUUGAUACUGUUACUAUAAAUAUAAUGUUAGAGUAAUCUUGCCACCACUGAUAAAUAUAAAAACUAACAUUUUGAAUACAUGUGUUUGCAGUUUGCCAGAGACUUACUAGCCUAAUUGAUGUUGAGCAUAAAAGUAAAUGGAGACUGGCUGGAUAAAGUAACAAAGAUUUUGUAUUCAAGUGCCAUUUCCUGUCCAACAGAGUUACUAUAAGAAUAAGUAGUUAGCAUUUAGAUAUGUUCAUCUCUAGGUGCAUUAGAAAUCUUACACACUGUCUAAACUAAGCCUUUCUCAUGUCUUUUCUUGGGCAUCAUCUAAAUUGAUACUAAUGUUAUUAAUGGAAUUACUUCCUUAUUCUACUUUACCUCUCAAAUCAAUAAUUAUCUUGAAUGUGUACAACAUAUGCAAAGAGUAAAGCCAGUGAGAUUACUGAACACAAAACUCAUAGAGAUUGUUACUAUACAGAUUUUUUUUAUGCUUUAGAUGUUUUUGAAUUGUAUAUUCAACCUUAACUACACCUGCACUGUGUGUUCCUAACUAUUUGCCUUCCCUUUAGUCUAUCAUUUCAAAAUUAUGGAUAACCAGUGUGUAGGUUGUGGAAAUAUCCAAAACACCUAACAAAAGAACUUGAGGAAGGCAGUCUCAUUUUUAGAAGAAUUAAUCUGAGGCUGAAUUCUAUGUGUGUGUAUAUUGACCAUUAAGGUGAAGUUUUUGCUUCUACUGUCUUUCUGAACUUAGAAGCAUAUUUGUGGCACAGCUUUUUUGUCUGGAAUACAUUAAUAUGUCAUAUCACAUUAGAAAGCUCAUUUUACCAUACCGUUGUUGAUAGUUCUACGUGUGUCAUAAGUGCCCAUUGCAUUAUUGCUUUGGUUGUAAGACCUAAGAAGUGUAGUAAAAGAUCCGUACCUUGUAUUAUCUCUAGGCGCCUUUAAACUUUUUUUCUCUUUCCAGUUGUUGUUUCUUUUUCUCUGGCACUUUCUAAUGGAGGAAGUGCUCAGACUUGGUUACCUCUUGAGCCACUAGUUAGGUGUGAGAAGUAAUGGUGUGGGUUGCACAUUUUAGUUUCAAGUGGCACUGAACCCUCUUGACCUAUGUGCCUCCUUUCUCAAUGACCUUUAGGGCUAGUGGGCAACAUAUUCUGUGAUUCAUGCUAGGUUUUCACCCACUUUUUGUCACUGUAUCCCCUCAUCAAAAUGAUACUCCUACACCUAUCUUCCAGUUUCUUCUUUACUUUUACUAGUGGGAUUCUGGCUUUCUAAAUAUAAUGAAGGAAGUUAUUACAUUUGAAGCUAACAUUUAAAAUUGAAGUGAUUUUCAUGAAAAUAAUUACCUGUAUUUGUAUGCUUUUCUUCCUAAAUCUAUUUUCAGUUUUCAAUGGAAUGACUUUUUAGGUUAUGCAUUUAUAUUGGCAGUGUUCAAAGCAUGUUUAGAACACAUGUAAGAGAUUGUUCUGUGGUGGGUUAAAUUCUAACGUGGAAGUAACUCAGUUAAUGAGAGUAAUUACUUCACAUUUACAGUCCAAAAAAAGUGAAAGGAUUUAGUUUCAUACACACUAACCAUAGAAUGCCAGCAUGGGGUCACUAUGACCCCAUACAAGUUAAACCCAUAUACUAAACUAACCAUACUGGCAUUCUAGGGUUAAACUUUCUGUAUAUGAGAUAAUCACCAAUUUGAAAUGAAUUUUACUUCUAUGUUGUUUUGUAUAAUCCGUGUAUGUCAACAAAAAAUUAAAUGAAUUAUAUAAAUAAGUAAAGAUAUUGGUGACAUGAAUAAUUUCUUUACACCGUGUACGAGUUCAAUUGUGUAUAAUACACAACUUUUCAAAUUUAGAAGAUUGUUAAAGAGCCUUUAGAUUAUAUAUCAAUAUAAUCUGGAUAAACAGCCAUUUAAGAUAUUUAAAGUUUAUAAAAAUGAAUAGAUUUUUCUUUCUCUUGUACAAACCAUUGAAUUUCAUUCAAUUUAGGUAAAUAAUUUAGAAGAUACAGCAAAGCCAUAUAAAAUUCGGAAAAAUACAAAAGUCUCUACAGUUCAACUUUAUUAUUAUAACUUGAAAGUUUUUUUGGUUUAGAUCAAAUACUUAGAAGCUCAUAUCUAUUUUUAUUUGAAGUUUUAAAAAUAUUUAAUUGUUUGUAAUAUGUAC